ACGGCCGGAAACGGCGCCUGGGAACUGCGUUCCGGAACAAAAAUUUCCGUCGAGCAGUUUAUGGUGUUGCACACGAAGCAUAAGCGUGUUGACAGAUGAGUGGAGCUGAACGGUCACGUCAAUUUCUUGUAGCAUCGCUUUGAUGUCCAGCUACGAAAAGGGACAUUAAUUCUGUAGUGGAAGACGAAGUAGCUGAUACCAAAAGGGAGCCGAGCCGAGUCGAGUUGAGCUGUAACGUGUGGUGGAGAAGUGCCUUUUGGGAUUAGUUAAGAAUCCAGAACUAAUAAUCCAGCAUCCUCACUAAUGCUCUUCUGGCUGCUUGCAGUUAAAUCCUCACAGCAAUGUUCCAAGAUCUAGUGUAAAGCCUUCUCAGAAUAGUGGAGGCUGUUACUGCAGCAAAGGAGGACAAACUCACUAUUAAUACCUUUCAUUUCAGAAGGAAUGCGGAAUGUGCAGGUGUCCACAUGUUUGUGGAGAUGUAGCGCGUGUGGUUAGGAGUGUGAGGACCUGAACUGGGCCUUUGAAUCAGGGUGAUUUUGUCUUCAUUAGACUCUGCAGGUUAUUGUCCAGUACAAUGGAUUCCCUUGAAGACACCUUCAGGACCCUGUCUAUUGCUAGACGCCUGCAGCCAGAUGACCCUUCCUACAUCCUCGACCUGGCGCUGCCACGUCGACCCGGCAGCUCCACUUCUACCCCAGGGCCUGACCUGUUAGCCGCGUGCUGCUCGACCCACAACGUCCGCCUGCACAGCAGAGAGACGUUGCGCAUGUGUGGGGAGUACCAGGGCCACACGGGGGCUGUCUUUGGGGUCCGUUUCUCCUCGUCUUCUUGCGACCUGAUCUACACCGGGUCUGCGGAUGGGACGCUCCGGUGCUGGGACAUCCGGCGACCCGGUUCCGCCGCGGCCCAAGUAUUCCGGAGUGAUCCGGAGCACGCCUACUGCUCCUUCGACGUGAGCUGUAACGACAGGCUGCUUUGCGCGGGUACAGAGCAGGUGGGCGAGGACAGUUUUCUGGUGUUUUGGGACGCUCGCAUGGUGGGUGAUGGUGGGAACAAAACUGAGACCAAGCAGGACCGGUUGCUGGGCGUGUUCUCCGAGUCACACAGUGAUGACAUCACCACCGUGUGCUUUCACCCUUCUCGAGCAGACAGAUUGGCGUCGGGGGCGACUGACGGCCUGGUGAACGUGUUCGAUUUGAGUUUGGGGGAAGAAGACGACGCCCUCGUGACAACCUGUAACUGUGAAUCAUCUGCUGGCUCCCUCUGCUGGUCAGGGACAGACCUGGACCGGCUUUUGUGUUUGAGUCAUGAUGAAGGCCUCCACCUGUGGGACUUGUCUAGGCUGGACAGCGACGAUCCCUUGACCCUCCUCGGUUCGCUUGAUGCGCGGACCCUCGUCUCGCUCCCUGAAGGGGCUUCACUGGACUACUUUGUGGGCGGGACUUGGUUAGAAGACGAGGGUCAUCUCAUCCUCGUGGGCGGGUCCCAUGAGGGAGAGCUCCACCUCCUGGAGUGCUGCGGGAGUGGCCUGAAGCUGAUGACAUCAUUGAAAGGAGGGCAUUCUGCAACAGUGAGGUGUUUCCAGUGGGAUCCUGUCAGCGGGGCUCUGCUGACCGGUGCAGAGGAUGGAGAGCUUUUGCAGUGGAAAGCAGGAGCGGAAGAAAUUAGUGUAGGAAAGAAAGGCUCUUUAAAAAGCAUCUCGUCCAUGCAGCUUAAAACGAAAGCGCACAGAAAGCAUGUCACCAAAAGAGACCAAACACUGACUGCGUGAUGUUCCGCACUAAGACUGUUAUGUAGAUCGCUGGCAUUUGUAUUUUUUUCUCCGUACUUCCCACAUGCACUACGUGUCAUCAUUAUCGUCGUUGUUCGGAAGAAAACCUCGUAUCUCCAAAAUGACACCUUUAAACCUACUUUACUUUUAAUGUAAGUCAAUGGAACCAGACUUUUCCCCGUCAAAAAAAAUGUUCUGCCGUUUGUUUUGGUCCAUUCUUCAUGAAAUUUUCACACCGUGUGAAGAACAACAGGCAUUUUCAAACUGUCAAAACCUGAAAAACCACAAAAAUGGAGAUACGAGGUUUUGUUCCGACAACAGUGUUAUACUGCUACACAGGGUGAGUGCAGAAUGCCUUCAUACAUUAAAAACAAUAUUAAACCUUAAUAAAGUGAUUAGAAAUGGUUUGGCCAAAAAAAAGAUGUACACGGUUUUCCACGUAACCCAGACGCGGUUGAUCAGGCAGGACAGCUUUGGUGUCCAGACUUUGCCUGUUUACCUUUUGGUGGUUUGGUGUGAAACGCUCCGUUCUAGAGACUUAGAACUGUUCACAGUGGUGGUGAUGGGAACCAGACGUCCACCUCUAAAAGCUCCCUCACAGAAAGUUAUUGCACAGAGAUUUUGGGGGGGGUUUAUCAAUAUUUGACCAUUGUCAACAAACUCAAAGACUUGUGUAGGUUCACUGCUGGUUUAGGAUAGUGAAUAAAAUACCACCACUCCAAAUCUAAA